UUCGUUUUACAUCUAAGACGUGGUACGCGCCGUCUGCCGUCAUCGUCUGCCAGUCUACUUCUAACCGUUGGGAAGCGCGGACAACACACGUUAGUGCAGUUUUAUUACAAGAAUACUUUCGUGUAAGAUAUGACCACUGAAGACGGAAGCUAUUUAGUGGGACACGGCGUCCAGGUGGUGACGCCGAACUCCGAGCACGGCUUCGUGCUGGACGAGAAGUUGCUGCAGGGGAUCCUGCUGCGGGAUGACAUCAAGGACCUGCCGGUGGUGGUUGUGUCUGUGGCCGGACCUUAUCGGAAGGGCAAGUCCUUCUUGCUAAACUUCUUCUUGCGGUACUUACAUAAAACGUGCCAUGAAAACAUCAGUGACUUGGACGAGUGGCUCGGCGCGCCGGACAACCCGCUGAAGGGUUUCUCGUGGCGCGGGGGCUCCGACAGACACACCACCGGCAUACACUUGUGGUCAGAACCCUUCAAAGCCAGCUUGCCAAGUGGACAGAAGGUGGCAGUUCUGCUGAUGGACACGCAGGGCACUUUCGACAGCACCUCCACGGUCAAGGACAACGCCACCGUGUUCGCGCUCUCCACCAUGCUGUCCUCCGUGCUGAUAUACAACAUCUCCCAGAAUAUAGAAGAGGAUGACCUUCAGCAUCUACAGUUGUUCAUUGAAUACGGACGGGUCGCGAAGGAUAAGAUGGAUGGCAAGCCAUUCCAAAGGCUGCAGUUUCUCGUGAGGGACUGGGCCGUCGCGUACGAGUACGCUUACGGAGCAGUCGGAGGUCAACAGCUGCUUAACAAACUCCUACAGGUCCGCGAGGGUCAACACGAGGAGCUGAAGCGAGUGCGGCAGGACAUCGACAGGUGCUUCGAGGAGGUUACCUGCUUCCUGAUGCCACAUCCGGGCCUUAAAGUUUCCACUAAUGAGCAUUUUAAUGGGAAGCUGUCAGAUGUCGAUCCAGAAUUCCAGAAGUGCUUGAAUCAGCUGGUGCCCAUGCUGCUGGCGUCGGAGAACCUGGUGCAGAAGAAGAUUGGCGGCCAUACGGUGAAGGCCAAGGACCUGCUCAGCUACUUCAAGAGCUACGUCAAAGUGUUCAACGGUGAUGCGCUUCCGACACCCACGACUAUUCUACAAGCCACCGCCGAAGCCAACAACAAGUCCGCCUUGUAUGAAGCAAUAGACUUGUACGAAAAUCUGAUGAUGGAGGCGGCAGGGGCCUCGGCGCCCUACAUGCACAGGGACAGGCUGUACCAAGAGCACAAGAAAGCGCGCGACAAGGCGGUCCAUCAGUUCUACUCAAAGAAGAAGAUGGGAGGAGAGGAGUUAGCCACCAAGUUCGAAAACAGACUGGGAGAGAUAGUAGAAGAAAAGUACGUGCUUAUAGUAGAGCAGAAUAAUGCCAAGAGCAUGUACAAUAUCUUGACAACGCCGGCGGUGUUCCUGCUGGUGCUGGUGCUGGGCUACCUGCUGAGCGUGCUGGGCGACCUGCUCGGCGUGCGGCUGCUGGCGCUGCUCGGCAUGAGCAUCGUCGUCGGCGUAGUCGGCCUGCUCAGCGUGUGGGGGUACUCUAGAUGGACCGGAGAAAUGAGAGAAGUCGGCAUGCAACUUGACCACGUAGCUAGAAUUAUACAUGAUGCCUUUGCGAAGGGAACACAACAUCUCAAGCAGGCGUAACACCAACACUAGGGCCUGGGGCUGCAAGAAAAGCUGAUGGAACACACGUGUGAAGACUUGUACUUAUGUUUGUUAACAUGGUCAUGAACUGUAAGAUAAUGUUUGACGCGCUGUGUUACAUUAUAUAAUAAACGUUUCAAUUUGUUGAACUCACUGUUGCCCAAUGACAAAAUUCACCUUUAAAUUUGGGACGGAAAUGCGUAGAAUAGUAAAUUUCGCCUUUGGUAUGCCGCAUCAGGUUGGUAAACUAUUCAUUUAAAUAAUCCAAUGUUCUUAUGUUUUUCUCUUGCACAAAAUGUAAUCUUUUUAAUAAUUUAUUGCAUACUCGUAACUGCUUUGCUUAACAUGGAAAUGAAAGAAACGAAUUGAAGGAUGUGCCAAAACUGGAUUGAGGGAAAUUAACAUAUAUAUAAUAUCCUCUGGAUGACAUCGUUAUUUAUCUGUGUUCUAAGCAUUCUGGAUAUGAUUGCGGAAUGAAGGCAUCUUCAAGAUUUUAUCAGAUUCGCACUUCCUUUGCGACCCCGCGAAUGGCUCGCCCCUAGUCCUCUGUUUGAACACAGCAGGACGAACCGACAUGAUCAACAUUAUAUCAAACCGAAAACUACGGGUUUGAGCCAAACUUGUUUUAGUUUCGGGGGCGGCAAGUUGGAACUUAUUUCAUUAUGAUGGAAAUGUCAGUAGCUUUCGCUAGUUUAAAAUUAGAGUUUAUUAUUCGUUUUCUAACAUGAAAAAUCUGUGGGACCGAAUAUUUUUAUAUGUAGUAUUAUUAUAUGUAUAUAAAUAUGGUUAUUAAAUAUUUGUCAGUAGAUAUCAAGUACUAAUUCUCUUGUGAAUUAAGAAAAAUAUAAGGUCUAGUGCUAGGAAACCUCUGCUUAGUUUUUUGUAAACCAAAUAUGUAUUUGUAAUUGAAUCAUCAGUGUUUUUUAUAAUGAUGUAUGUACUCGAAACCGGUUUUUGUAACGCUGAUUGAACAGCCUUCUAGAAAUGAGGAGUAAAUGCUGUUACAAGAAUUGAUAAUUUGUGUUUUAUUAAGUAAAGUGAUAAUUUUAUAUUUUA